AUGAAGUCGGUGGUGAUGAAGAUGAUGAUGAAUGGCCCGGCAGCCCGAGCAGGCAGCGGUGUCUCGCCACCGAUAUGUCUACUGCUGUGCGCCCUCGUCUUUCUCCCGCCGUGCGCUCUCUCGCACCCGCAGCCGUGCCAGGUGCUGAAACGAAUCGGCCACACGGUUCGGUUGGGGGCUCUGCACGUUCAGCCUCGCCUGCUCUCCGCCACUGCUGGCAGCGGUUCUGAGGACUGGGACGCCGAGGGAGCUGUGACAGGGGAGCAACAGCAGCAGCUGGAGUUUAAAACAAGUGCCAGUGCGCCUGGAUACGGGAGCCUCAGGACUAGAGCCGCCGCGAAUAGUCAGCGGGGCGCGAACAGGAAUAAAAGCCAGGCUCGGCACCGGGAGGAGAGCACCGUGAAGGAGAACCGCGUGUUCGCACCCCGAGACUCGGUCCUGCUCGCCGUGGAGGCUCUGAACCGGGCCGGAUUGCUGCCCUACAAUUUAUCUCUGGAGCUCGUCAUGGCAGUUGGAUCCGCCCUCGGCGAGCUUCCCGCGUUCUCCUUCUCCUCCCCGGGCAUCCCCGACAACGAGGACCCGCUGUCCUUCGUGGAGAGCGUGUGUCACACGGUGGUCGUGCAGGGGGUUUCCGCCAUGCUCGCCUUUCCGCGGAACCGGGACGAGUUCGUGAAGUUGGAAUUCGUGUCAGUUGCGCUUCAGGUGCCGGUGGUGAGCGUCGUGCAGAGGGAGUUCUCGCGCCACAGCCAGAAUCCUCUCCAUUUCCAAAUCGCGAUGCGGACCGUGGAGGCCCCGACGUCCCAUCUCCUCUACUCGCUGCUGAUGAUGAACGGCUGGUGGGACAUCAGCGUUCUGCUCUGCCAGGAGUGGAACAUCAGCGACUUCCUCUUCCUCAUCAAGAACAACACCCGCUUCCACCUGGGAACCCUCGUCAACCUGACGACCACCGCCUCGACCCCGUCGCCUUCAUCGACUGCAUCAUCAUCAUCAUCGUCCUCGGCGGUGGCGUCGGACCAGCAGCAGGCGCUCAUGCGGCAGCUGGAGGCCCUCAGAGAACCUUCAUCCACAACGGGAGUGGUGACGUUUGGGUGCGACAUCCGUGAGGUGCGGCGUUUGUGGACGCUGGCCAGCCGGAUGACGCUCCCGGAGUUUCACUGGGUGUUGGGGGACAGCCAGAACGUGGCUGAGCUGAGAACAGAGGGGUUGCCCCUGGGGCUGCUGGCCCACGGGGUUAUGGGAUCCCCUUCUCUGGAUCACUACGUCCACGACUCACUGGAGCUGGUGGCUCGCGCUGUGGGCAGUGCAGCCCUGGAAAAUCCCGCCUUGGCACUCAUACCUGGGACUACCAACUGUAUGGAUGUACAACAGAGCAACGGCAGCUCGGGGGAAUACUUGGCAAGAUUUCUCGCCAACACAUCGUUUGAGGGCCAGAGCGGUUUUAUAUCCAGAGACAGUCAAAGCCAGAAUGUCAUCCCCGAGGCCCAUCACUACAUCUGGUCCCUCCAGCUGGACCCCCUCGGCCAGCCAACCUGGACCCGCCUGGGACGCUGGCGCAAGGGGAGAGUCCUGAUGGACCAGGGGGCCUGGCCGAGCCAUCCUGGAUCUGGAGGUGGAGGUGACUGGCGUCGACCCGCCCGGCUGCACAUGAGAGUAGUGACCCUGGUGGAGCACCCGUUUGUUUUUACCCGUGAGGUGGACGGGGACGGGAUGUGUCCGGCGGGCCAGCUCUGCCUGGACCCGCUCACCAAUGAAUCUUCGGUUUUGGAAGGACUUUUCCAGAACCUCGGAGGACCCAACGGAUCUGUUCCCACAGAUCUGAAGAAAUGCUGCUAUGGCUACUGCAUCGACCUGCUGGAGAAGCUGGCGGAGGACAUGGGCUUCACCUUUGACCUCUACAUCGUUGGCGACGGGAAGUACGGAGGGUUCAAGAAUGGUCGCUGGACAGGAUUGGUGGGCGACCUGCUGAGUGGCGCCGCCCACCUGGCAGUGACAUCUUUUAGCAUUAAUUCAGCCAGAAGCCAAGUCAUUGAUUUCACGUCACCCUUCUUCUCCACCAGCCUGGGGAUUCUGGUCCGCACUCGCGACACAGCUGCACCCAUCGGCGCCUUCAUGUGGCCUCUGCACUGGUCCAUGUGGCUCGGCAUCUUCGUCUCCCUCCACGUCACCGCCGUCUUCCUCACCCUGUACGAGUGGCACAGCCCGUUCGGCAUGACGCCACGAGGACGCAACCGCGACCGGGUGUUCUCCUUCUCCUCGGCGCUCAACGUGUGCUAUGCCAUUCUUUUCGGGCGAACAGUAGCCAUCAAGCCCCCAAAGUGCUGGACCGGUCGUCUGCUCAUGAACCUCUGGGCCAUCUUCUGUCUGUUCUGUCUGUCCACCUACACCGCUAACCUGGCUGCCGUCAUGGUCGGGGAGAAGACGUAUGAACAGCUGUCAGGGAUACACGAUCCAAAGUUGCACCAUCCCUCUCAGGGAUUCCGAUUUGCUACAGUGAGAGAAAGUAGUGCAGAGGACUAUGUCAAGAAGAGUUUCCCUGAGAUGCACGAGUACAUGAGGAGAUACAAUGUCCCGGCAACACCAGAUGGCAUACAUAAUCUCAAGGCCGACCCUCAGAAGCUGGAUGCGUUCAUCAUGGACAAAGCUCUGCUGGACUACGAGGUCUCCAUAGACGCAGACUGUAAAACGCUAACAGUGGGGAAACCAUUUGCAAUCGAAGGAUAUGGCAUUGGCCUCCCUCAGAACUCGCCGCUCACCUCCAACAUCUCAGAGCUUGUUAGUCAGUACAAGUCAGAUGGCUUCAUGGACAUGCUGCAUGACAAAUGGUACAAGGUUGUGCCCUGCGGGAAGCGCAGCUUCGCUGUGACCGAGACGCUGCAGAUGGGCAUAAAGCAUUUCUCGGGCCUGUUUGUGAUGCUGUGUGUGGGCGUGGCCUUAUCUCUCCUGACCACAAUAGCAGAACACAUCGUGUACAAGCUGGUGAUCCCCAGAGUCAAGGAGCCGCGCUUCAAAUACUGGCUGCACACUAGCCAGAGAUUACACCGAGCCCUCAACUCAGUCUUCACCGACGACAAGCUACCGACCGUCACCAAGCCUGAGAAGAGGUGCAACGAGGGAAACAACCAGUCAGCAUCCUGGAAUCCUGCCGAGUCUUCUCACUGCAACCGGCGAAGGGUCCUUCCACAGGAGAUGCAGAACGAUCUGGAGCGCCCCUCCUCCCAGGACCUCCCACCUCCACCUCCACCCUCUCCCCUGCCUCACCCCCACUCCCUCCCCCUGCUGGAGAAACACCUGCCCAUCGUCACCACGUCCAACGGCCGCUCCGACCUGCUGGGACGGGCGCUGAGCCAAGGACUGGGGCCGGGCCAGGGCGGUUCUGGGCAGGGCGUAGCACCGUGUCGGGGUCUGGGAGUGGGCGACUGCGGUCCAGGCCUGGGCGUCGGCCGGAACCCGCUGGUUCAGGAACUGUCAGAACUGGAGGGUCAAAUCCUUGUGAUCAAGCAGCAGCUGCAGUCCGCCAUGAGGAGGAAGAGAGAGCUAGAACAGUACCAAUCAGAAAACCAGCAAGCAAACCAGACUGCACCCAGUCAGCCCACUACGCACCAGUCUAACCAGUUUGGUCAGUACACCCAGUCCCACCAGCAGACUAACCAACACACAAACACACACCCAGAGUUUUGA